AAGCACGUUGCCAUGGGAGACGCAGUAUAGGAAGUAAAUUUCAGCCCUUGUUUUGGUAGCAUUUGGAUCAAAGUAGCACAUUUCCGGCUACUUAUUCACCCCGUCUGCACCUUCUUCUUGUUGUUUUGAUAGCUUGGACUGAAGUAGCACGUAUUCCCGGCUGUCUAUCUGCCCUGUCUGCCUCUUCUCGGUCGUCUUUGGGCAGGAAUCGAUCUGAUCAGCUGAAACGCUGAACACCUCGCCGACAAGAGCUGACAAGCAGGUAUUGACAGUCCAUGAGUCGCAGUCGGAACCCCGCGCCCCGGGGUCAAGGGGCAGCUCGUGCCAAACAGAUGGGACUGCUCCUUGACCUGACGCCAGACGGAGGGAUGGAGGAUGAUGGGAAUGAUGAGGACCUGGAGGCAGAGCUGCUCAGUCUGGUGGGAGGAGGCGGAGGAGGAGGGAGACCACAGGGGAGGAAAGGUGAAGGGAAAGCUCCUGUUGCCAUGGCUGAAAUUGAGAAAAUGGCGGCUCUUUGUAUGAGAGACCUGGAUGACGAAGAUAUGGGAGACGAAGAUUUGGAUGAUGAUGAAGAUCUCCUGGCUGAAUUAAAUGAAGUCCUGGAGGAUGAUAUGGACUCGUCUCCCCCUGGCUUGCCUCCCGCUGUCACUCCAACCGCUCCAAAAGUGAACAGAACGCCCCAGCCUGCUUCUCCUGCUUCUCCUGCUGCCAGUGGGGCAUCUGGAUUGGAGUCCCGUCUGAUGGAGCGUAUUGAAAUGUAUACGACGGCCAUUUCUAAUGCCAAAGCCGCAGGAGAGACGAGCAAAGUGCGACGAUAUGAUCGUGGACUGAAGACAUUACAGUCCAUGUUAACAUCCGCUAAGAAAGGAAAGCCAGUGAACGAAGAGGAGAUGCCUCCUCCUGUUGCUCUCGGUGCACCGUCUAAAGCAGCAGGCCAGCCUGCGCCGUUUGAGGCACCAGAACCCCCGGCACCUGCUCCAGUCCCCUCCCCUCCGGUCAACCAGAGACCCCAGAGAGAAGCUCCACCACCUGCUACAAAUACCAAGCCAGUCCAUCUGAGCCCUCCCCAACAUCCUGCUGCUGCUGCCAUCACUCCAGAAACGCCUGCUAUCUCUCCCCUCACCCCCAGCCAGCCCGACACACAGCACUCAGAACUGAAACAGGCAGUUUUGGCGAGACAGAGGGAAUACAAGUUAGCUGCCAUACACGCCAAACAGAAUGGUGCGAUCGACCAGGCCAAACAGUACUACCUCACUGCCAAGAAACUGGACGCCCUGCUGGAGGCGGUGGACCGAGAUGAACCUGUGAACCCGAGCUCACUGCCUCCUCCUCCCGGAGACGUGGUAGCAGAGCACAGAGCGCCUCCACCUCAGUCUUCAUCCAGACCUGCUGCCCCAGCUGCCCCUGCUGCCCCGGCAGCUCCUGCCCAGGUGGCCACCUCUGACCUGCCCACUCCCAGCAGUGUGGGUGAAGCCCUGCAGCAGAGGAUGGACAUCUACAAGUCGGCAGCAGAGGGAGCCAAGAGCAAAGGAGACGAUCGCAAGGCUCGCAUGCACCAGCGCAUUGUGAAGCAAUACCAAGACGCCAUCAGAGCUCACAAAGCCGGCCGUCCUGUCAGCCUGGCCGAUCUGCCCGUGCCGCCAGGCUGUCCGCCACUCCAGGGCUCAGAGGGGGGUCAGCAGCAGAGCUUCAUAGGAGCGCUUGAAACGGCGAUGAAAAUAGCAAAUCAGGACGAAGACGCAGAAGAUGAAGACGAGGGUGGACAAAGGGAGGCUGCCAAGCCUGCAGUGCGUCCAUCUGCCCAGAAAGCAAAGUCUCCUGCACCUCAAACCCCUGGAGGCUCCUCCGCUCCCAAACUGGGCCAGAAGGCCCAGCAGCAAGUGGAUUUCUUGUUGCUACGGCGACAGGCGUUUUUGCGCGCAGCAUUGCGCUCCAAGCAGAUGAAGGACAUGACCGGCGCAGCGCAGCACCUCCGACACGCCAAGGGCCUGGACCCCAUGGUCGAAGCGGCCAAGUCCGGCCUGCCUGUUGAUAUCACAAAGAUUCCCAAUGCUCCGGUCAAUGAGGAGGACUUUGUCCUGGCUCGUUCCCGCACCUCUCCCGUCUCCCCUCGCUCCAGUGAGAAGUACCAUGGCCUCCUGGAUCUUCUGCGAAAGCAGUAUGAGAAAUGUCUGCACUUGUCUCAUCAGUUCACAUCAAUGGGAAGCGUGUCCGAGGCUUUAAAGUUUGAGAAACUGUCCGGGGAAUGCAUGAAAGACAUCGAGCUGCUGAAGGACUGCUACGCCAAAGGUCACCCGGUCCCCAAGUGCCGCACGGAGGAGAGGACCCUCAACUCCGUCAAGAGCUACCCCAACCUGACGCCCAACGACCUGGUGCUGUACGUCAUCCGAGGCGUCAACCUGCCGGCCCCGUCAGGCGUCUCGGCUAAUGAUCUGGAUGCAAGCGUCAAGUUCGAGUUUCCAUUUCCCAGCUCGGAGGAAGCUCAGAGGGACAAAACUAAUACGGUGAAGAACACCAACAGUCCCGAGUUCAAAGAGCAGUUCAAGCUCAACAUCAGCCGAACGCACAGAGGCUUCAAGCGCGUCGUUCAGUCCAAAGGCAUCAAGUUUGAAGUCAUCCACAAGGGAGGCCUGUUUAAGACGGAUAAAGUCGUGGGCACGGCCCAUCUGAAGCUGGAGGCUCUGGAGAACCACUGUGAGAUCAGAGAGAUCAUCGAGGUGAUGGACGGACGUAAAGCCACCGGUGGGAAGCUGGAGGUGCGGGUGAAGAUCAGAGAGCCGCUCUCAGGGGUCGACCUGCAGCCCAUGACGGAGAAGUGGGUGGUUCUCGAUCCGGUCUCGCCGCUUUCUCCUCCAGAGAGGCAAAGGGAGCGGGCUCCAUCUCCGCGGUCUAAACCCCGACAUGAAGCAGCAAGCAGAAGCAGUCAUCCCAACACCUCCCCUCCUCAGUACAAGCUCCACAGCUUCAGCCUCCUCAACUACGACAAGGACCGACUGGAGAGGAAGAUGGCAGAGUACCGGAAGAACCGGCGGGAUCCCCCGCCUGACCUCACACAUCAACACAAAGAGGUCACACACCGACUGCACUGGCAGAAAUCCCAGCUGGAGAGAGCCUCUCCUGCUCUGCUGUCAGAGUAUGAAAAUGUGCUGCGCCGCUUCGUCCAAGGACUGUCUGAGUCUGUGAAGAAAUACUCAAGCCAAGGCAACAGGGACGCUGCCAAAGAUGCGCUCGGCAGGAUGAAGAUGGUGGAGAACGAGCUGGAGGCGCUGAGAAGGAAACGCACGGGAUGAGGAGGAGGAGGAGGAGGAGGAGCGAAGGAGGCGGAGACCUGGCUGGAGUACUGUUAUCUCUCGUGCGCUCUCAUACACACAACCCAUAUGCAAACACUACAGUGGCUACAGUUAGCACCGUUAGCAUGAUCCAUCGCUGCUCAUGUCCAAAAAACAUCUGCAUGAACCAGUCAGUCGCUCCCGUAACCCGCGUCACGCUCAGCCACGCAAAAUCAAUACCAUUCCUGUACGUACAAAGGGAAAGCAGUGAACUCUGGAGAGAGGGGAGGGAGACUUAUUUGCACUUAAAGCAGACGAACACUACAGAAAAACUAAACUGAAUCUUUGCAGACUUCAGUUGCAUUAAAUGAUUUGUAUUUUUUUUUCUAAUCACAAUUAUUCUUUUAGAAUCAGCUGUAAGCAGAGUUGAUGUUCUACAUUUGACCCCUGUGUGUGUGUGUGUGUGUGUGCGCGCGCGCGCGCUCUGAGCUGUGUUUAACCAAUGAGCCGAGGUGUUUUUAACCCUUUCCCCCCAUAUUUUAUGCGUGUAAUGAGCUUAAUCUAAUCUGUCUGCUCCAGUGUUCCCAGAUUACAGUAAUCUGCUCCGUUUGGAGUGCUGUGAUAUGGGAAUAAAAAAAAAAAAAAAAAAAAAAAAA